GCGGGCCAUGCGCUCUCAGGAACUCCUCGUUACUAGCGCGCAGCGUCUCUUGGUGCUGGCGCACGCACAGGAAGCAGAGGCCAGUGCGGGGGUAGCGCCUUCUUGGCAACGUCCUCCGAGGAGCCUCUUCUUUCCGCGCUGAGGCGGGAAUCGUGCCUUUGCUGAGCUUCGGGAGCCUGCCAGUGUCGAGGACCGCUGUUUGGAAAAAUCCUCUGUAAGAUGAACUUCUUUCUGGAAACACUUAUUUUCCUUGGGAAGUUACUGUAUCUGAUGCUGGAGUCUUUCCUUUUAUUAUUUAUCCCUGUGCGGAAAAAAAGUGUUGCUGGUGAAAUAGUGCUUAUAACUGGAUCUGGAAGUGGAAUUGGAAGGCUUAUGGCUUUAAAAUUUGCCAAGCUUGGAGCCACUUUGGUUCUAUGGGAUAUUAAUCAAGAAGGGAACAAAGAGACAGCCAGAUUGGCGCGAGAAAACGGAGGUGUGAGAGUGCAUGACUACACAUGUGACUGUAGCAAGAAGCAGGAAAUCUAUCGAGUGGCAGAUCAGGUUAAAAAGGAAGUUGGUGAUGUUAGUAUCCUAAUUAACAAUGCUGGAAUUGUAACUGGGAAGAAAUUCCUUGACUGUCCAGACUCACUGAUAGAGAAAACUAUGGAAGUUAACACAAUGGCAAACAUUUGGACUUGCAAAGCGUUUCUUCCAGCGAUGAUGGCCGCUAAUCAUGGGCACUUAGUAACUAUUGCGAGCUCAGCUGGUUUGAUUGGAGUCACUGGACUGAUGGAUUACUGUGCAAGUAAAUUCGCAGCUGUUGGCUUUCUUGAGUCUUUAGAAGCAGAAAUGAGGGGCUUGAGGAAGACUGGCAUCAGGACCACAGUUGUCUGCCCGUUUUUCAUUAACACAGGGAUGUUUGAGGGCUGUAAAACAAAGUGGCCACACUUGUUGCCAAUACUAGAGCAAGAAUAUGCAGCUCAGAGAAUUGUGACUGGUGUUCUGCGGGAGGAACUCUCUGUGAUCAUGCCACGAGUCCUAUAUUUUGCAGUUGCAUUGAAAAAUGUGCUGCCUACAAAGAUCUUUUUUCUCAUCGCAGACUAUGUUGGAGUUUUCACUUUUAUGGAUACUUUUAUAGGUCGGGGAAAGAAGAAAUGAAUCCCAAAAAUUUCUGAAAUCUACAACAAAAAAUCCAAGUGUUUCUUCAAGAAUAUUUAUCUAUGUUUAAGUACCUGUAUGGAACUCCACAUUGCCAGACUUAUUCCUUAAUGCACCUGUAAGCAUAACAAAAUGAGAGGUGAAAAUGGAUUAUGUUCAGUCUUACUAGUCAGGUUUGGUAAUGAAUUACACUGGUGGAGGUAUAUGACUGACCUUACUUACAACUGUCUUCAGAAUAUCAUGACUUUUAGCUUGUAUACAUUGUAUAUACAUAUAUUGUAUACAUAGACACUUCAUUGCACUAAAAUCAUUGACUUCUUGGGAACAAAUGUCUCUUGGAUGUUUGUAGACGUUGCUAGCUGUAACUUUUACAUAUAAUUUAAACAAUUACAAUAAAUGAAUGGGUUUUUUCCUUAAAAAUGCAUAUGACUUCAGGCAGAAGGCUAACUCACAACAUAGUUGAUAGUGUUGACCAGUGCCACUAUGGAAGACUGCCCUUUCCACACCACCACCCACCUUAAACCUCUCUUUACAGGUUUGGGAUUUUUUUGAGCCGUGGAGGUUACCACAUACCACCUGUCUAAAACCUCUAUUAUCAAGCAGAGAUCCCAGACCCAAAAUCUUCACAAGGUCACCUCUUUCCUAUUCCCAGAGGUUCGACUAGACAGGCAGCCUGUUCCCCUAUAUUUACUUCCCUUUACUCAGCUACUGCCCAGAGCUAUUGAGGAAAGCGAACUUAAAGUUUACUUUCCCUAUAAACGCUGCAACCAUUUGGCUCAUUUAAUGUGAACAGAAUGUUUGAGGUCUCUAUGUGUGAUAUUUUCUGUCAGUCAACAACUCCAAGCCAGCCAAUGUUAAAAUAGAAACAAAACAGAACUUUUAUUUACAAAAUAGAACAUAGGAGCAAAUGUUUUUAAAACUCAUAAAUAUACUGAGGUUAAACAGGAAUGUUUCAAUGUAGCAGAACAGAUUUGUAAUCAGCCAGCUAUCUUUCUGCUGCCUCCUUUAGCAGCAUCCAAAAGCCUUUCCUCUAACUCUCUCCAGAGGAUUCCAACUGUCAUCCUCCCACUCUCAUUGGUGGUUUCUCAGGAGAGGCAGAGCUGGAGCCAGUCCUGUCCAUCACUGCCACGUAAAAGAUUUCAUGGCAGAACGAGAUUUUGUCCAUCCACAUUCAAACCAGCUCUCUGGCCCUUGCUGUUUAAGCAGUGGAUGGAAUAUGUGUAAUAUCUGAAUAAACAAUGCAAAACAGUGAACCCACAACUUGUUGAGCUUAGUUAUGAAAUUUUGAGAACUGGAAGCAGGGGUGGGGCAUGGCUUUGGCAUCAGAGAAGAUGGAUGCUUGAGAACUGAGCUUCUUCCCACCCUGCUCCAAAAACCUCCAAAACCCUCAAAUUAUUAAAUUAAAAAUCAAUCCUAGAUAUGGGAAAACAUGAUGCAAACUCUAAGAAACAAACUGUCAAAGUAGCAAAACAGUUGCAAGAUUUUUUUCCCUGCAACCCAAGCCUCGACACCAGAGAUAGAAGCAGCAAAUGACGCAAACAUAAUGGUGAUGAGAAUGCAGUAGGAGUUCCUUUGAAUACCCCUCCAGACCCAGUGCUUGCAACCUUACUUGCAAUUAUGGAACUUAAUAUCCUAGACAAAAUAGCAAACCUUAUAAAACCACUCUCUGACCAAUUUGCAGCUCUCCAAAUCACCUUAAAUGACAUACAAAAUCUAGAGAUACCUAGAUAUCUCUAUUGCUUUCAAAAUUAGAUCUGUAUUCUACAAGAGAAUGAGGCAUGAAAGAAUCCUGAAUCUGGAACUAACAACACAUCAACAGAACCUAAAAUUUAGGGGGUUUGACAAACAAUCAACAGUAAAACAAGAUCUCUAUAUUUCUAGCCAACUGGCUUGCCAAAUCUUUACAUUUAGAAAAAGACAUUGCUCCAGUAAUCUGUAAAGCCUACAGAGUUGGUCCCCUAAACUCAGCUAGAAAAGUCUCAAGAGACAUCAUUGCCACUUUCCCAGAUUGGAGAACAAGGGAAAGAAUUCUGGAAGCUGCUAGAAAACAAAAAACGCUCCAUCAUAAUGACUCCUAGAUUCUAGUCUUUGCUGACUUACCUAAAUAAAUAUUAAACAGAAGAAGAGAACUUAAAUCAACCACUGAAGCACUUCGUGAAGCAAAAAUUGAAUACCUGUGGAUCAAGCACUCCAAACUACACAUCCAACUUAAAGACAAACAACUUUAUGCAACGGACCAAGAAUCAGGACUAGCCCUUCUGCAAAAAGUGGACAUUUCUACUCCCAUGAAUUCAGAAAAACCAUCACAAAAGAGAAAACUAAAUCAACCACCUCCCCCUUACAAAGGUAGCAAAAUCCCAGUUUGAAAUGACUGAAAAGAAGUCUAUUCUCAUUUAGACAUCAGAACAUAUGCCUAGUAAUCACAAAUCUGAUAGUUCUUCUUGGGGGAGGGGCAGGAUAAAAAUAAUAAUACAUUUUUUAAAGAAAGCAAUACAUG